AUGGAAAUGAAGUCCAUAAUCUUAUUUCUUAUCAUUAUUCAAUCAAUUAUCAAUGGAGUCAAUCUUGCCAAAGCUCCAACAACUAUAGUUGGAGAUUGGCAUGUAUCUAGAGGUGGAGAUUUCAGAAGCAACACCAUCCAAAAAAACCGAGAUUCCGUGUUGGAUAAACUCUUGUUGUUAAUUAAGAAUAAUUCUAGCUACAAUGGUUUUUACCAUACCCAAUCGGCCGGCAAACCUGAAGAGCAAGUUAGCGCCAGCUUCUUUUGUGCCCUUAAUGUCGUAAAAGGACUUUGUGAGUGUUGUCUUAGGAACGUUGUUCGGUAUAUUCGAAAGAACUGCCCUAAACAACAGGAAGCUGUAGCUUGGGAUUUCUACCCAUAUUUACAAUGUAUGGUGCGUUACUCUACUGGUCGCAAAAUACUCUCAGUGCUGGAUGAUUGGGCCUGGUAUCGUUUGGGGGACGAUUUAUCCGUCAAAACUGUUAAUUUAGCAAAGACGAUGGAUAGUAUGAUAAAUAAGCUAAAGGUGAAAGCGGCUGGAGGUGAUGCCCUUCGGAAAUAUGCGUCUGACAGUAUACAUUAUGACGGGGAUGAACACGCUCUUUACGUGGAUGUGCAGUGUACUCCUGACUUAACAAAGGAGGAUUGUCUUAAAUGUUUAACCAAGGGAAGUAAUGAGAUUCGUAAUUUUACUAGGAAACCACUCUUUAGUGGACGGGUUAUAUCUACCAAUUGUUAUGUACGGUAUAGGCAUACAAAUCUAUUCAACCCUCCUACUGAGUAUAGUGGUGGUGAUGAAUGCGGUUAA